AAACCCGAUUGGCAAUCAGCUGUCGUCCAUCGCACCAUCGAUUGCGCUGGCGAAAACAGCAAUAACCUUUUUUCAUUUACAAACAUGUAAAAAGAUGAGACUAGCAGAGUUGACAGCGACCAAGACGAGAAAAAGCUCUGCAAACGACAACCACGACGACACCAGGAGGAGGAGGUUCGGUUUCCGGGAGUGAGCGGGAGCAACAGGAGCAGGAGGAGGACUAGAUAUUAAUUACUGCGACUGCUACCCCAUUGAGCAUCCUGAAUCAUGGAAAUCGAGAAAAUCAUUGGCGACUUAGAGUCGAACAUAACGCUGGAGAACGAGGAGGCCAAGCGCAAAUUGGUGGAGCUGUUUACGCAGAACAGGGAUCAGUGGCUGGUGCAGUUCAUGCUGGAGUACUUCUUUAAAACUGGAUCUCAGCGUAUAUUGGAGGUAAUGGUGAAGGCUCAGGCGCCUCACGAUGGAUACAUCUUCGACAGGUUGGAUGAUUGCCUAAAACAGGCACCGCACCGGAUACAGAGCCUACAGGUGUUUUGCUUCAUAGUGCGCCACCAUCCCACCUGGCUGUACAAGAUCGAAAAGCAUCGGCUUAUUAAAAGUGUGUUCAAGCUGCUUAUGCACGAGAAGGAGAUAGUGCCACUGAUGAGCGCCCUGCUGUGCAUCAUCACCCUACUGCCCAUCAUCCCAAACUCGGCGCCCAACUUUUUAAACGACCUGUUUGAGGUGUUUGGUCAUCUGGCCUCGUGGAAGCUGCAAAACAGCAACAAGUUGCCGGACGAGAAGCUAAUUCACCUUCAGUUGGGCCUCCAGAUGCUGUUCCACCGUCUGUACGGCAUGUUUCCCUGCAGCUUCAUGGCAUAUCUGGUAGAAUUUAUCAAGCGAGGCAAUGGCGGUGGCAUUUUCCAGCACACGAUCAAACCUUUGUUGGACACGGUGAGAGUGCAUCCAAUGCUGCUGACCGCCACACCAGAAACGGAGGUAAACAAUACACGCUGGAAGGAGAUGGAGCCGCAUGACGUGGUCAUGGAGUGUGCCAAUCUGUCGCUCCCAGUACUGCUGCCGGAGCCAAGCAACGAGGACGGCUGCUACGUGUAUCCCAUGACGCCAGCUUACAGCCGCAUGACUUCGAACACCUCUAACACUGACUACAGCUACCAGCUGAGAGACUUCCAACCAACGAAGACAGCUUUCUCCCGCUUUGAUUCCACGGAUCUGGGACCUAUCUGGAGUCCACUCAACGAGAUCACUGCGUCCACUAGCGCCAUUCCCUUGACGCCAACCACAUCAUUUAUUUUGCCCAUACAGCCACAGCCACAGCAAAUGGUGGGCAUGACUGGUUCUUCGCCUCCGGAAACUGCAGUGGAAGCUACGCCGGAGACUACGCCCUUAAAGGAUUUGCGGGAGGUCAAACAACCACUCGUGAGGACUAAUCCCCAUGCGGUGAGAGCUAUUUUCGCUUCAAGUCAGCCUUCUUCACCCAUGCGAAAGGAUCAGCAGAACCAGUUCAGCUUUCCGGACGUAAGUCGCGAGGCUGAGGAAAGCACCAGCCAUCUUGUGUCGGAGAUGACCAGAGUAACCACUUCAACCACCACCUAUGAGCGCCGCCUUCAUCAGGUCAUUCAGGAUAGACAAUCGGCAGCGACGGGCAUGUCAGAAAUGAAUUCCGAGAUAACCGUCGGCGGUGAGUCCGGAUAUCCUUCUACCUCUCAGGAAGUGGCAGCUGUGUGCGGUGAGUGCAACGAAACUGAUCGAAAUCUAUGCAGCGUGGGUGGACUCCACAUGCCCACCAGUCGAUCCAUGCACCAGCUGGCCAAGGGAAUCAAGAGAAGAAGCCGCAUGGCCAGUUACAGUGGUAACGGCAUCUAUGUGGAGGACAACCGGAGCUCAGCAGCCAAGAAGGCCAGCUGGAGCGUGGGGGCGGAGAACCCCCUGCGUCGGGUCAAAUCGUGCUCGGCUUUAAGUGGAAUGCAACAGCAGCAACAGAAUUCAGAUGCAAACGAUGACGUAGCCGAUUGCCCGGGUCAGAGGCAGCGAACGGAGAAUGGGACGCAAAAGACUGGCAGCCGCUUGCAAAGAAGCGGUCGUAUUCUGGCCAUGGCAACGCCGAAGGAACCAGCCAUAAGCUGCGCACAUGCCGCUACCCAAACGCUGGACGGAGUCAUUCCGGCGCAGCAUGAAAACUGGCUGUUUGAACUUCUGCUAGAAUGCAAGGAUCAGAGAAAUAAGUACGAGAGGAGUAUGCUCUACCCUCAGGACAUACUGGAUGAGUACAUCAAGCAUGCCAUUAGGGCCAAAGAGUCCUUCGACAUGGAGCAGGGCCAGUUAAUGUGCCUGCAAUUGGAGUACGAAAGCUAUAGGCGUUCGAUCCACGCGGAGCGCAAUCGCAGACUCAUGGGCCGGAGCAGGGACAAGCGCAGUUUGGAGAUGGAACGGGACCGGCUUAGGGAGCAACUGAAGAACUUCGAUGCAAAGAACAAGGAUCUGGCCAGUAAAAUGGACAAGACCAUGCGGUUGGCGCAGAUGCGUCAGGAAACUCACCAAGAGGAGCUAGCUGAUAUGAGGGCCAAAUACCAUCACGAGCUGGAGGAGAAAAAAUGCUUGCGACUAGCCAAUGACGACCUACAAACUCGCCUCACGUCCGAGAUAGCUCGCCACAAGGAGAUGAACUACGAACUGGAGUCGCUCCGAGGACAAGUCUUUAGUCUAGGCACCGAGCUGCAGCACGCCCAACAACAGGCGGACGUUGGCCUGCAAUGCAAGCAAGAACUGGCGCGCUUGGAGGCCGAGUUCAUUGUCAUGGGCGAGGUGCAGGUCCGGUGCCGCGACCGAUUGGCUGAGAUUGAUAACUUCAGGGCCCGCGACGAGGAGCUGCAAAUGCUCCAAGAAAGCAGCCACCAGGAACUGAAGGAAUUGAGGCACAGUCUGGACGAUAAGACAUCACAGGUGGAGAGCAUGAAGCACAAGAUCAGCGACCUGCAGGCUCAGUUGGCCAACAGCGAGAAGGCCAUGACAGAGCAGAAGCGACUCCUCAGCACGGUAAAAGAUGAGUACGAGGAAAAGUUCAAGUCGGUCAAUAAAAAAUACGACGUACAGAAGAAAAUUAUCAUGCAGAUGGAGAUGAAGCUGAUGAUGAUGUUGCAGCAACCACAGGGAGCGACAUGCCACAACACCUGCUCCCCGGAUACGGAUAGAACUGACAUUGCUUCCUCCAUGGAACGCAAUUCUCCGCUGUCCACAUCCCUGGCUUCCAGCGAGAGCCUCUCAGCUAGUCUGCGUUCGACUGAGCUAAAGAACCUGCACCAACUGGUGGACACACCCUCAAUGCCUGAGGUCCUGAGCAGCAUGGCCGCCGGCGCCAACUUUGAGGAGAGCGUGCGUCUGCCGGCGGUGGACUUAGCCACAUCAGCCAGCACCGCCAGUGCCAUUAACAUUGUACCGCACGCCCUGGAACUGCCCUCCACUUCGGGAAUGGGCAGCAGUCAGGUCCAUACCCUUACCCACCCACAUCUCUAUCUGCAGCAGCACAUCCAAGAGCAACUACAGCAGCAAGAGCUACUGCAGAGCCAAGAGCAAGCACCACAGUUUGUAAAAAAGAACUAGCUUUUCGCCGCUAAUUAAUGUCUAUUGUCAAAAAAGUCAACAACAAAAUUCUUGGUUUUUCAUAUUACAUAUUCAGUUUAAAACUGUAACUAAGGUUUAAUAAAUCGCUGACUCCACGCAAUAAUUAUAAAGUUUAUAAAAAAAAAAUAUUAAUGUUUGAAAUUUUAACUUGUUUAGCACAUUGCAAUUUGUUGUAAAAAAAUGGUUUUGAUACGAGGCAAUAAGUAAGACGCAUUCAUAUUAUAAUAAACAUUUAAUUAAGAUCAGCAAGCAUAAA